UUGAAAAUAAAUUUCUUCGCAAUAACAUACUCCUAACCUAAUUCGAUUAUUGUAUUAGAUAAAAAUGUCGUAAAAACACAUUGAUUUUUUAAUAAUACAAAAUAAAGCUAUACAUUAUCAAUUACACAGUAAAAUAUAAAUAUAAAAUAUAAAAUAAUUAUAAUACCGUAACAAAAACUUAAAUACAUGUUUUACAGUGUAGUAUAAUCUUAAGUUUCUGUUAGAAAAAGUUACAUUAUAAUAGAAAAUUAAUUUAAAAUAAUGAUACGACUGUCAGUGCAAUUUGGUGUUAAUGUAUUAACAGUACGAAACUUAAAUGCUUACGAUCAUAUAAUAUCCAAUGGACCUAAUAUUCAAUGCGUAAGAUGGAAAAGAAAACCAAUUUGGUUACCACCAGCAAAAUCCAAGUUAUUUAGAGUACCAAAAAGAAAAGUUAUACCUACAGAAGAAAGUAUUGAACUUAAACGUUUACAUAAUAAUUACAGGACAUACAUGAAGUCUUUAAUGACUUACUUCAUUGAAACAGAAAAAGAAAGAGAGCUUUGUUUCGAUAAACUUGUUGUAGAAAAAAAUGCACAAAAAGAUUUUGAAAUAUGUAGUCAAAUAAAUGAUAAAUGGAAUAAAAAAGUAGCUAUGAUGCGAGAAAAAAGAUUAACUCAAGAAAGAGAAGAUCGUCGAAAGGAAAUUCUUGAGAAAGUACAAGCGAAAAAGGAAAGAGAUUCGAAAAUGUUAGAAAAAAUAGAUGAAGAAAUCAGAAAAGCAAAAGAAGAAGCUAAAACAUUUAUUACACCUGAAAAUGUAGAUAAAGCUAUUGUAAAUGCAUUGGAAAAUAUUACAGAACAUAAUGUUGCAAUUGAUCUCAAAGGUAAUUUUUAUAAAACUAAAUCUAAAGUUGAAUCAUCUAACAAAUUGUAAAGUAGAUGUUAUAUGAUAAAUUUCUUGUACUAUAACAAAUAAAUCAAUAAACAGUGAUCUUUGAUAGCUA